AUGAAGUUCUUCCCUGCCGCCGUUGCUCUUGUUGCUGGUGUCGCCUCGGCGACCCCUGCUCCCAGGGCCUUCCACCCCAGCCAGUACAAGAAAUCCUUUGCUACUUGCAAGGCUGUGAAUAGAGGCAGCGAUGCGCCUGUUGAUGUGAACUUGAAGCUUGCCUAUGUCGACAUCAACCCCACGGCAGAGAAGACGAUUGUCAUGGUCCACGGUUGGCCCUCUCUCUGGACUACCUACCGACACCAGAUCGACACACUUGGCAAGGACUACCGUCUGAUCAUUGUUGAGUUGCGAGGAUUUGGUGAUUCAGAGCACCCCGACGACCUGAUCUCUUCCAACUCCAUGCUUGAUGUCGUUGACGACAUCACAUGUAUUAUGGACCAGGCCAACGUUCAGGCAGGUAUCUGCAUGGGUAAUGAUUUCGGUGCGCAGGUUUGCUGGAGCGCUGGCCGUGCCCGCCCUGACCGAUUCAUUGGUAUCUUCAACGAAGUUGUUCCUUACGUCCCUAGCAGCACAGAAUUCAUCAGCAACGAAGCUCUGGCCUCUUUGGCUCCUGGUUUUGGAUACCAGAUCUUCCUUUCAAAGGACCCCAAGGUCGCCGCUGCAGAGCUCGACAGUGACCCUCGCAGUGCCAUCCGAUCAUGCGCUCAAGUCGCCAAUAGCACCGUUCCCUCUGAUUUCUUGGUUGACCGCGAAUCCUUCCUCAAUGCGUGGUACAAGGCCAACGAGGAAGCUGGCCGCGACGAGAUUCCGUUCUCUGGUAUCAUGACCAAGGAGGUUGAGGACUACAUGGUCGCCUCCUACCAGAAGCAGGGCUUCUACAACACCUUCAACGGAUACCAAGAACCUAACCGCAAGUUGACUUGGGAGUUCGAGCACAACCAGGGCAACUUCACCAUCCCCCAGCCCACAUUCGCUCUGUAUCCCACCAAGGACCCCGUUGCCGAUUGGGCGGCCGUGGCUGAACAGCUUGGAUCUGCUCACUACCUGACGAACCACUACACCGCUACCCUUGAAACUGCCCACUGGGUUCACGAGGAGAAGCCCGCCGAGUUUGAUGCCAUCUUCCGCGAGUGGGUUGGCAACGUCACUUGGCCAGGAAACUAA